GAGCGAGAGGGGUUUGGUGAAAGAAGAGACGGUGAGGAUGAUGAUGAGUGUGGUGACGCCGUGGCAGACCUCCCCGCUAUUCUCCUUGUUACCCUUAAAUCCCCGUAAUACCCCUCUCAGCAGCCUACGCUCGACUCCCCACUCGGCUCGUUUAUCCAUGGCCGCUUCCACUCAGUCAACUCCAGCUGUUGAGAAGGGAGACGACGGUGACAACAUGUUUCAGUUGAUUCAGUCUCAUCAGGAAAAGGCUUCUCGCCUUCCCCCGGUUCAGGAAAUCCGAACUCUUGUCGAUCGUAGUGUUCGCGGAGUGCUCUCUACCUUUUCACAGAAGUAUGAGGGCUAUCCAUCAGGAUCCAUGGUCGACUUUGCAUGCGAUGCUGAUGGAUCUCCCAUUUUAGCUCUGAGCAGUUUGGCACUUCAUACCAAGGAUUUAACUCAAAACCCCAAGUGCUCGUUGCUCAUUGCCAGAGAUCCUGAGGACAGAACUGAUUUGUUGGUCACUCUGCAUGGUGAUGCAAUUCCUGUUUCUGAGAAGGAUCAUGCAGCCAUUCGAACUGCAUAUUUGGCAAGGCAUCCCGAUGCAUUUUGGGUUGACUUUGGUGACUUCCAAUUCAUGCGUAUUGAACCAAAAGUUGUACGAUAUGUCUCAGGGGUUGCAACAGCUUUAUUAGGAUCAGGAGAGUUCAAUAAUGAGGAGUAUAAAGCCGCAAAAGUUGAUCCAAUUGCUCAAUUUUCAAAGCCUGUUGCAUCUCAUAUGAAUAAGGAUCAUGCUGAAGAUACUAAAGCUAUUGUGCAGCACUCAACUUCAAUUCUGGUCGACUUUGCUUACAUUCUGGACUUGGAUUCAGUUGGUUUUAAUGUCAAGGCUUCUUAUCAGGGUAGUAAUUUCAAGCUUCGAAUACCUUUUCCUAGACGUGCAGUGGAUCGAAAGGAUGUGAAGACUCUAAUAGUGGAAAUGCUUCAUGCGGCAAAUGCUCAAGUUAGUUGAUCUCACAGCAACCAAAGAGGAUAUUUCUGCAUUUCAUGAGUGCCUUUCUCUAGAUAUGGAAAAAUCUGGACUUGGAAAAUGUGAAUUGGGAUGAUGUGAAAAGAUUGCUCGUUUCUGUUAAAUGCUAAGAAAGAAAAUCUCCAAUUUAGUCAGACCUCACUGUAUCAAACAAGGCUACCAAAAUCAUAAAUUGUUAUACAUAGAUGAUCAUUGUAAAUCUUGUCCUUUCGUGUUCGUCUAUGGUAUGUUUAAUAAAGAAUACAUUCUCAUACAACUUAAUGGAAUUUGAAAUAUGAGAGAAGUUGAUAAUUGAUAUAUAGGUUCAUCUGUGCCUGUCAUAUACUUGUUUAUCAGUUAUUGUUAAAUCAUUUAUUUAUGGAAAUCUUGAUUUGACUGACUUCCGUGUAGGCAGAUUUUAGGUCUGAAUAUUGAUCCAAAGUAUUCAAUAUGUAAUGAAAAAUCAUAACAGAGGUUAUGAUUUCUCAGAGUACGAUAUCUUUUAAUUUGCUUUUGCACAGUAAGUUGGUAUCUGUAAACAAAUUAUGAUUAUGAUGUGUAUUGUUGCAAGUGAAGAUGGAGAAUUUGAUUGGUUUGGAGUUGAGAUUCUCAGCCUCCUUACACAAAGUGUGUCUAUUGCCACCCCACAAAUCACUUUAUUUACCCCCACAUUCUUUUCACAACUUGCUUAUAUAUUUUUAAUUGUAAAUCUACUUUGUUCACCCAUUUUUAUAUCUAAAAUACCAUAUUUUCAAUUUUACUUUGUUCACCCUGCAUUCUCUUCUCAUCUAAUUCUAUUUUAUUCACCACACGUUCUCUUCACACCUUACUUAUAUAUUUUUAUUUGUAAGUCUAUUUUGUUCACCCAUUUUUUAUGUCUAAAAUACUAUUUUUCAAUUCUACUUUAUUCACCCUACAUUUUCUUCUCAUCCUACAUAUAAUUUCAUAUUUGUUUUUGUUUUGUUCACCAUACAUUUUCUUUUUCAUUUUAAAUUUAUUUAUUUUAGCCUACAUUCGCUAAACAAACAACUAUUAUUUUGAAAUAGCUCUGAUGCCGAUG